AUGGUCGAUAGUGGCAGGGGCGAUGGUGACAGGCAGAGAUACGUCGAGAAUGGCGGUACCAUCACUAAAGCCACGCCUGUCCAACUCAAGCGCUCGAUUUCCACCCAGCAAUCAACACUACGUCAGCGACAGGAUCAGCUUGCAAAAGAGAAGGAGAGCAAGAAAGCUGUAUUGUUAGAUACACCUCCUGCAACAGGAAGGAAUGGCAAAGGAGGUAAAAGCAUAGUGGGGAUGGGAAUGGGUGUCAAGAAACUACCUCAACCUAAGCCUGCUUCUAUUCCAACAACCUCAGCAGCUUCAACAACCUCAACAACCUCAACAACCUCAACAAACACAGAAGCUAACCCUCCAACGCCAUCCACACAUCCGGAUAAACUGGUUGAGUUGAAAACACGCGUCGUUCAACUCCUUGCGCUGAGAUCAAUGGAAGCGGGGGAGGUAGUUAGCAAGUUAGACGCACAUCCUCAAGACAUCCAAUACCUGCUCAGCCAAGUAGCCUACUCGCAGAAAACAAUGCAGACAUCCACCCCACUCUUUCACAUCAAACAUGAAUUGUGGAAUGAUGUACGGGUGGACGACUGGAGUGAGUACUCAGAUUCAGAGAAACAGCAAGUGGCGGCAGCCGUGAGGCGCAAGACGGGCAAAAUUAGUCAAUGUAUUGCUAGCACUGUUGCUCCGAGUAAGGACAAGGAGAGGGACAAGGAGAAAGACAAAGAUGGCAAGAAAGCUGCACCUGCAAAAACAAGACAAAACCUUCUGCGUGCGUCUCAAGGAAAGAAGGUUAGCAGGUCACCGUCACCCGCCAAUUCCAAGGCGAUGCUUAAUUCUAAGGAUGCAUCGUCUAGCGGUAAGGAUAAGGAGAAAGACAAGGAGAAAGGCAAGGAUGUAGACAAGGAAAAAGAUAAGGGUAAGGAAAAGGACAAGGAGAAAGAUAAGGAUAAGGACAAGGACAAGGAGAAAGAAAAAGACACACAGUCAUCAAAUGGCUCAAGGAGUCCGAGUGUGCUCUCCGCGCACUCAUCUUCAGCUGCUAGCAAGGAUAGUGCAAAGAGAAAGCGCCAAGAUGAAGCAGCGGAGGCAGCAAAAAAUGUUACAGCCACUCAAACCAAGACAACAACCUCAAAGCGAAUGAAGAAGGAUGAAAGUGCUACUCGAUCGAAACAACGAAGCAAGAUAGAUUACACGUCGUCAGAAGAUUCAGCAACACCACCGCCACCAAAACCCAAGAUGAAAGGGGUUGACAAGAGGCUGAACAAUGAUGAGAAUUACAAACAACUAUAUCAGCAGUACCUGUCAGCAAUGAACACGUUACAAACACAACAUGCACUAUAUAAAGGGGAGUACGAAGGAACACAUGACUUACCUACAAUGUUACUGGGUGAAGGAGCAAUACAGGCUUUAGUUAUUGGAGUGAAUGAAAUGCACAAGCAACUAAAUGAGAUACGUCGUAAAGAUAUGCAAAGAAAUGGAGAAUAA